UUCGCCCUUCUAGGUUCUGGGGCGUGAGCGUCUGGGCCUGGGCGGAGGACGGGGAGCAUUGGUCCUAGGAUGCGAGGGCCAUUUCCUUCCAGGCGGGGGUCAUAUCCUCGGGAAGCUGAGCCAUCCCAUCCAGCCACUUGCCCCAAACGGGGCGCAGGCCGUGGUCACCUCUCUAGGAGGCUCCGGAGAACCGGCCACGCUGUCCCUCUCGGGUGCAGAAAGCCGACUUCCCCGGCCCGCUGGGAAGGUUCCCGGCUAUCCACCCGGCCUGGGCAUCUGAGGGCGGGAGCCGCGCCAGGCGUGCCGGAUAGACUAGUGGAGAGCACUCUCGCCUGACUGCCUGUCGUCCCUACCCGGACCAGGACCCAGACUUGGCGCCGCACACUCCCCCGGGAGGGGGGCCCGGCGCAGUCACGCGCGCACCACACUUGCGCUCACAAGCGCGCAAGGCUCUAGCUCUCCGCCCUGCACACCUGCGCUCCGCCCCCUGGUCCUGGGCCGGCGACGGGCGAGGGCAUUUGGGAAGCAGGGCGACUGCGGCGCCCCCCAACUCCUCCCCUUCCCAGGGCCGGAGUUGUCCAGAGCCUGCCGCCGCUCCCAACCAGCCCGCAUCCUUCUCCAUCCUUCCCUCCCCCCGCCUGCCGCGGCACCGGUAUCUGCAGCCGCAGCCCGGAGCCAGUGAGGCGGCGAAGGGGGGAGGGGGAGGAAGCAAGGGAUGAGCCCCGGGAGGGCGUCGGGGGCCCUGAGCCGGACUAGCACGCCCCUGGAACCGGAACCCGAGCCGGAGCCGGAGCCAGAACCAAACCACCGGUACCGGUGUCCUUGGGAGGGACGGAAGCGCAGGACAAGCUGGAAAGGGAAACCCUCUGGGCGUCGGGGAAGCGGGACCAGGGUCGUGGAAGAGGGCUUGCGCAGCCGCCGUCUGGCACCCCUGGUCCGGACCAGCACCCCUGACACGGACAGCUCCUUGGUUGGGUAGGGGGUGGGGCCGGACCUGGGAGGCUCGCCUGUUUCGGAUCUUGAGGACGGCAUUCCUAUCCCUCCCCACAUCCCUAGCUGCAGCCCCCUAACCCCAGGAGGCGCCCUGGCCCGCGCUCGCCCCCCAGGGCUUCAUGUCGGAACCACAGCCUGAUCUGGAGCCGCCCCAACAUGGGCUGUACAUGCUCUUCCUGCUUGUGCUGGUCUUCUUCCUCAUGGGCCUUGUAGGCUUCAUGAUCUGCCACGUGCUCAAGAAGAAGGGGUACCGCUGUCGCACCUCGAGGGGCUCGGAGCCUGACGACGCCCAGCUCCAGCCCCCUGAGGACGAUGACAUGAAUGAGGACACAGUAGAGAGGAUUGUUCGUUGCAUCAUCCAAAAUGAAGCCAAUGCUGAGGCCUUGAAGGAGAUGCUGGGGGACAGUGAAGGAGAAGGGACAGUGCAGCUGUCCAGCAUGGAUGCCACCUCCAGCCUGCAGGACGGAGCCCCCUCCCAUCAUCACACAGUGCAUCUGGGCUCUGCAGCCCCUUGCAUCCACUGCAGCCGCAACAAGAGGCCUCCACUUGUCCGUCAGGGACGCUCCAAGGAAGGAAAGAGCCGCCCCCGGCCUGGGGAGACCACCGUGUUCUCUGUGGGCAGGUUCCGGGUGACACACAUUGAGAAGCGCUACGGGCUGCAUGAGCAUCGUGAUGGCUCCCCCACAGACAGGAGCUGGGGGUCUGGUGGGGGGCAGGACCCAGGGGGCGGUCAGGGGUCUGGGGGAGGGCAUCCCAGGGCAGGGAUGCCUGCCACUGAGAGCCUGCCCCCCGAGAGGCCACAGCCCCCAGCCAUCACCAGCCCCCCAGUGCAGAAUGGAGGACUCAGGGACAGCAGCCUAGUCCCUUGUGCACUUGAGAGGAACCCUGGAGCCUCUGUAGAGCCAAUGCUAGGGGCUGGAGGGAGGGGCCCAAGCCCAGGGCUGGCCAGUCAAGAGGCAAAUGGACAGCCAAGCAAACUGGACACCUCAGAUCACCAGGUGUCCCCACCACGGGGAGCAGGGGCUGUGUGAGGUGAGUCUACCUGCCCCAAAUCAGAAAAUUUCAUCCUCCCACCCCCUACUUAAACUACCUAAGUCCAUUGGCUCCCUGUAUACCCAGGGUAAACUGCAGGCUUAGCCUUUGCUAUAAAUUCCUUGGUUUGGUGGUGGGGAGUGGACAUGUGCUCCAGGGGAUAGGGAAGGUCCUGCAGCCCCGGGGAAAAGCUGGGACACAGCUUGAAUAGGAGGCAACUCUGUUACCUUUGCUCUCCUCCAAGCCUCCUCCUUCGUUGGGCUGAUGGACUACCAGCUGGCAGGGCCGGGGAUGGGUGGGCACGAAGCCCCUCCUCUCCACUGGACAGCACUGCCCCCCAGCUGAGGGAACAGCCCUACUUUCACCUGGAGUUGCACAGUCUCAGGCUGGGGGACCUCGGGAGAAGUUCCCCCAACCCCCGGCUCUCAGUCUGUUCCCUUCCCCCGCCUGCCAACAGGCCGCCUGACCCGCCUUCCCCAUCACCUCGCUCCAUAUGCUAGAGUGUGGCAGCUGAGAGCAGGCCCCUGCCCUUGGUAGGCCCCUAAAGCAAUAGCACCUCAGUCCCCUGCUCUCUUGGCACAAGAGGCCCAGGCUCUGGCUUGGGCUUCGUGCCCUUUAUUCACUGUCAAUAAAUCCGCUCAGACCAUUA